GAGUAGAACUAUUCCUAAACUUGACCUGAUUAUUUAUGACAAGGGGAGCUACUCUCCAAAUUUCUUGAUCUGCGAUGUCGUUAGCUACUCAUUCCAAACCUGAAGAGUUAUUUCCUCCCCCUCCCUCCCUUUCACCAUCACCAACCAUGCCCCCCAAUCGUUGUCGAUGGUAACAAUUUAUUGACACCACAGCGUGCCAGGCUGACUGUCGGAGCGUGAGGUUGGAAGUGGCGCCCAGGUUCUAUAUAGAGUUGUGCGGGUACGACAGUGUCGACUCUGUUGAUGGCGGGAGCUUAAACUACUCGCUGACUAGUGUUACCUUUUUAAGUCGUAACUUUUGCUGACAAUUUCUUUGACGGAAAUUAAAAUCACAUAGUAAUACCAAAAAAAAUAUUUAAAAAGAACACAAACAUUCGAGGAAGUUUUUGAUUGGUUGAGAGCAAGGGUCAUGAGAAGAUGGAUGCCGGGAAACGAAAGUAGAUGACAGACGACGAUCAGCAUUUGCUUCCCUUGCAAAUCAAAGAACUAAUUUAAAAAUUCAUACAAAGAAAAAAAGUUGAACAGUUCCAACAAGACAUUGGCAUCUGUUGAUGUAGUUUGUUCAGGGGAAAAAACUGAUUUUUUCGGGAUAACUUUUUCUGUUAGCUUUUGUGUUGUUCUAAAAUAAAAUUAGAGAAAUUCUUUAAUUUGAAUCCAGAAUUCGGUUUUUGUGUCAAACUGUUAUGAACCAGUCUUUGACUUAGAUAUAUCAAUCUACUAAAUACAAAUCUUGGAACACAUAUUGAUAUCUCCUAUGAAGCAAUCAUUUGACCACAUCAUGCUAAGACAUCUUCUUUUUUGAAAGAACGUCUGUAUUAUAUAAGAUAAGAUAAGAAGAUAACUGUGUAGUUUGAUUCAAGCCACUAAUUGAACUGUAUUUGGUUAGACACUAGACUGGAACAGUUAUGGGUGGACAGGGGUCUAAACUGGACAAGAUGAAAGCAGGCGCCGGAGAAAAGGCGAGCCACCGAAAGAAAUAUCUGCCGCAGACAAAUGGCAGUAGUCCAGCCGUGAACGGCAUGUCUCCGGACAAUUCGUGUCCGUCCAUCGAGGAGCAGCAAGUUGAGCUGCCAAGCUUCACGGAGCGUCAGAAGGAGCUAGUGACGGACACCUGGAGAGUAGUGCAGGAGGACAUGGCCAAAGUGGGCGUGGUCAUUUUUAUCAAAUUAUUUGAGACUCACCCGGAAGUGCAAAAUGUCUUCAUGCCGUUCAGAGGUCAGAGCCAAGAGACCCUGCGCGAGAGUGCCCAGCUCAAGUCGCAUGCCCUCAGGGUGAUGGGAACCGUGGACAAGUGCAUCAGUCGCUUUCAAGAGCCCGACAAGGUCAAGGAGAUGCUGCACGAGCUCGGGGCGCGUCACGUGAUCUACAAUGCCAAGGUUGAUUAUAUGGACCUUAUAGGACCACAGUUUAUUUGGGCCAUUGAACCUGUUCUAGGAGACCGCUGGACACCGGAAGUUGAACAGGCCUGGUCUGACCUCUUCAAGUUCGUCAGCUACAUCAUGAAAGACGCCAUGAAUUUUUGACCCUCACGAGACGCGUGCCGGUUCUUGAUUUUAUUUUACCAUGACGUCUCUAGAUAAAAAUGAAAAGAAGUGCCUACUGAAUACAAAAAUACACUUUGAGGUAAUUGGGGAUCUAUUCCGGUGAUAGAAAAGUCUUUUUUAGUUUCAAACGAAUAUUAAAUAAUAUAAUGUCGCGACAGUAAUUGAUAUGACCGUAAUCGAUACCUAAUAAGUUCUGAAGGGAGACUUUUGUUCAUUAUUGAUUGGCAUUGUCAUAGGACACGCUGUAUGAGAGAUAUUGACUUUCAUUUAGAGAUAAAUUAAUCUAAAUCUAAUGAUAACGAUUUAACACUAAAAUAUCGCGAAACAAGAUUACAAAGAGCGUUUGUUAUCACACAAACUCAUAGGCGGCCCCCACCAGAUCCAAAGGAGAAAUUGGCUUUUCAAUAUCUUUUCCAGUUUUUCUAUCUAAAUGGGAUAGACAGAUAACUAAAACUGCAUGAGCCACUGUGUAAUUGGUUUUGGACCUUAAACAAGAAAAAACAUAUUUUAAAAAAUAUAUUCUUAAAAAAGACUAUACCUCCAUUCAUGGGCGUA